UAUUCACAGGGCAUCAUAGCAUGGUGAGGUUAGCAUUUGAGUUGGUCAUUUACUUGACACCCAUAGAAACCAAUCCACAGUGGACGUGUAGAAAAAGCAAGGCGAGGAAGAAAAGGAGGUCUCCCUCUUCCUUCCUAUUCACCUCCACUCCUUUCUUUUUUCCCCCACCAUUUAACUCUCUGCAGCAAUGGACUCCUCCUUCCCAUUGGAUUGUACAGAUUCCAACCUACAAGCCCAUCUCACCCUGUAAAUUUCUUUCUCUUGGUCCCUCUCCGGUCUUCCAUUCUCUCUCUUUCUCUCUUCACAUCUUUCCUCUUUCUCCCCUCGCCCCCCACCCCUCUUCCUUUCCUUCCUUUCCUUUUCCCUCUCUGGUCUUCUUGGACUGGAUAGAAGAAUUGGUGUAGCUUUAUGUUGGUGCUUAUCGAAAGGAGGGCUGUGCUUGCUGUGACUUUGUUCCGAGUCUUUGAGGACUCGAUGAUAUUUGUUUGAAGGGGCGCAAGAAGAUGUCACGGAACUCUUUCUAAUUUUAGCACCAAAUUCUCACAUAAAAAACAGUUCUUUCCUUUUUUUUUUCUUGAUUUUUCUAGCUCUCUAUUUUGCGCUUGAUCCCCACUGGGAUCGAAAGGAGGGGAGGAGAGGAGAGGAAAGGGGUGGUACAUAUGGGAAAGCAAGGACCUUGCCGCCAUUGUGGAGUUACAAGUACCCCUCUCUGGCGGAAUGGACCACCUGAAAAGCCAGUUUUAUGCAACGCAUGUGGUUCCAGGUGGAGAACAAAGGGUUCAUUGACAAACUACGUACCACUGCAUGCUCGUGAAUUUUUUAAUUCAGAUGAGUUAAAAGUUUCAAAAAUCAAAAGUAUAUCCUCUAAAUCCAAAGAGCAGAAGUUGCAAAAGAACAAACAAAGUAAAAGUACACUGGAAAAUGAAUGUGAAAUUCAGUAUUAUGACCAGAACUUCCUUAAGAUUGUUGAAGGAGAUGUGAGCAAUCGAUCCAGUUCUGAGUCUGCUAUAUCUGGUUCAGAAAGCUGUGUACAUUUUGGGACCACUGAUGCAAGUGAUAUAACAGGUUCAGUUCAGUCCAAUGUAGAGCAUUCAUUAGUGCCAUCUAAGAAGAGGACAUUUACAACUCGCCCAAAACCUUCUGUUGAAAAGCUCACGAAGGAUCUGUAUUCUAUAUUGCAUGAAGAGCAGUCUUCUAACCUGUCCAGAACCUCAGAUGAUGAUUUGCUUUAUGAAAGUGGAACUCCACUUGGUUCUUUUGAGAUUGGGUAUGGAGGUGUACUCAUUAGACAUCCAAAUUCAAAAUCAGUUGAGGAGGAAUCAGAAGCCAGCUCAUUUCCAGUAUAUAAAUCAUGCAUUACCAAUGAAGAUUUCUCAGGUUCAGCAUCCUUAUCUGUAAAUACUAAAAGCAAAAAAAGAAAUCUGAAUUCUGGUACUGACCCAACGAAGUCUACAGCACCAGUAACCCAGGAAAAUCCAAAAAGGGAUUUAAUAUUGAACGAAAAGUUAAAUAACCUGCAAAAUUGGAAUUCUUGCCUGAGUUAUGCUGAUUUAAAUGUUUUCAUUAACUUUGAGGUCUUCAUGAAAUAUCUGACAUAUGAAGAACAACAACGAUUGAUGAAAUAUUUACCAUCUACAGAUGCUGCCAACCCCCCUGAAAGCCUCAAAAGCAUGUUCACAAGUCCUCAGUUCUUGGACACAUUAUCUUGCUUUCAGCAACUGUUCCAAGAAGGAGUUCUUGAUCUCUCAUUUUCAGGAGCAAAUGCUGAAGAGUGUAGGACUGUGGAAAGGCUUGCAUUACUAAAUAGCACAAACCUUCAAUGGUCAGAGUUCUACCAAGACAUAAAGGGUUCAUCCUCAAACAAGAAAAGAGGAAAUGGAAAGCUAAAUAGACAACUCCUUCCUGAGCAGAAGAGCAGCAUGAGAAGCCCUAAAAGAGUAUGCAGGUCUGGGGGCAUGAAUCCUCCUUCAGGAUGUUCAAAUCAGCUAGAAUCUAGUGUUGUUUCCAAAGUAACUGAUGACACAGAAGACUUUGUAGACCAUGAAGCGGCUUGCAUCUAUUCAAGAAAGAUUUUUGCUACUGCUGCUGAUAGGAGCUACUCGCUAGCCCCAAAACAGUUCAUCGCUGACAGCUCAGACGAUGACUUGCUCCUGGAUAUGCCCUCCAGUGCGUCGUUUCCUGAAGCAGAACUCCUGUACCAUCCUUGGAGACAAAUUAUAAACCAAAAUGAUUCCCCAGCUGAGAGUGGACUUGAAGCUUCUUACCACCCAUCUUCAAGUUUCUGCGGUAAAUAAUUAAGCACCGAUAACAGAUUAGUAUAUCCGAAUCGCUCAUUUCCCUUUGAUGCAAGGGACUAAUGCUUGAAUGAUGGGUGUCAAAGUCUUGCUCCUUUUAUUUUCCUAUAAAACAUUUCAGUCUACUUUUAUUUUUUUUUCAAGUAUGCUGAAAACUGACAUUUAGCUUUGAACUGGCUGGGUCUGGUUUGUUUCUUGUAUAGCCUUGCAAGAAAGUUGUAAUAUAACUGAGUGAAAUAGGUGUCUGUAUAAAGAGUAAAAGGAUGGAGUUGCAGAGUUUAUAUGUAUUGCCAUUGAAAAAGGAGUGCUCAUCACCAUACACUGAGCUUUGAUUACUUUGUUCA